AUGGAGAAAGGCAAGAAGCGUACGAACUAUCCCUGCGAUGGAUGCUCGCUUCGGCGAGUACGAUGCCACUUACAAGGAAGCAGCCCACCCUGCAACGAAUGCCGAAAAAGAUCAGUCGAAUGCACGUUUCUCCGGGUUCCACGAAAGAGAGGACCGAAGGGGCCUCGAUUGAGUACCACUCACAAGGUGGUAAACUACCAGGAGCAGAUUCGGCAGAAUCGAUCAGGUCUCCCUCUUCCGGCUCGUGGACCAACGCAAAGCCCCAGAUCGCCGUCAACUCCCGGUGUGGAGAACGAUAGUACUGCCCAGAAGAACCCUUUGGAGGUUUACAUCGAAUACCUGGACAAGUUUCGAGACCAUCUAACAUGUGUUUGGCCCGUCGUCAACGUGGAAUCCCUAAAGUCCCGGAUCAGUGCUUCGCUGGAUGAUCACGAUGCAUGGGCAUUAGCUGGAGCCAUCUGUGCUACGGUAAUUGCUCAGCUACGACUAUCUCAAUUGCGGCUUUCCAAGCAGCAUAACUUGGUCUCAGAUGACAACAGCAUUGCGGAAAGCUUUGCACAUCAUGCUCAACUCUCGCAUAAUCUGAGCAAUCAGCAUCAUCAAAGCACUUACUACAAGGAAGACACGACAGACUCUUUACUGACUGCGUUCUUUCUACACAUCUACUUCGCCAAUACAGAACGCAUCAGGCUAGCCACGGUAUACUUACAUGAGGCAAUUGCUCAAUUGCAUUUGCAAAGCCUACACCGUCCAGAGAUACUAGUCAGUCUCGCAGACGAACAAAGAGAAUUGCUGUUGCGGAUCUUCUGGUUGGUGUUUGUAACUGAGAGGUGA